AUGACAAAGCACACUUCACUGAGUGACAGUGCACAUGAGCUUGCAGGCCGACGAUCAGCGCGGAGCCAUCCGGCAACUGCCACAGCAGCUGCAUCUGCCACUGCCGCAUCUGCCCCGUCAGCCCCUCAGGCAGCAGCAGCUCCCCUGCCGGAGCUGAGCGCAGAGGUACGCCGCGACACGGCUGUCCUCGAGGCUCGCACAGAGGGAGGUGCAACCGCGCGCGCUUAUGUUCUCGGAGUCUCCCAUGUGUCCCGGGAGAGCUGCGAAGAAGCCGCUGAGCUCAUCCGCGCCGUGCGGCCGGAGGUGGUUGUGCUCGAACUGUGCAAGGACCGGCUGCGGCUGCUGCUGGACCAGGACAACCCAGGCAAGCGGCUGUGGCAUACGCCGCGGGUGAAGAUCUCUGGAAUUCCCGAGGGCGAGGCAUGGCCCACCCCGGAGCAGCUCAUCUCCUUGCUGCGCACCGCUCCUGGCCGGCCUGUCGCCACACAGGACAUAGAGGGGGACUGCGGCCGGUUAUUGGAGACGGGUCUGUUUUCGCGCGCACGGCCGACCACGCAGCUGCCCAUGGCGACUCAGGCGCCUGAUUUCGUGCGCGACAGAGACGGCCACCUCAACCCCGUCAUUCCCCUCAAUCAGGUGGAUUUCACGGUGACUGAGAGGAAGCUGCCGAAGCUGGCGUCCUUCACUCUGCGCGUGGACUCGAGCCUUGGGGAGGGGCUGCAGUUACCGGAGGAAACCAGCGCGCAGCUGUGCUCGGAGGCUGUGGCGUCCGGUGAGGCCGGCAGCACCGCGGAAGUUUGCCUGCGCAUGCUGCCCAAGCUGGAGUCUCUGGCGGCAGCCCAUUCCCAGGGGCAGGUUGCGGAGGUGGUGUACCGGGGCAUCGAGUCGGGGCAGAUAGAGGCGGUUUUCAAGCAAGCAACCCCAGAGUCCCUGGCGCGGCCCUACCGCACAGGCCUUGAGGGCAGCGCGGUUGGAGGCGAGGGUCCGGGGAUAGAGCCAUUCAGGCCAAAUCGGGGCCCGCUGCAGCUGAGCAAGAACCUGAUCAUCGAGAAUCUGGCCAAGGUUCUGGAAGUGGCCCCAGAGACAAUUGACACCGUCGCAGACACCGCUGUGGUCGGCGAAGGCGCAGAGACCGGUAACGUGUGGCGGCCGUGGUCUGACGAGGAAGCCCAGCAGGCAAUAGACAAGGAGAACGAGGAGGAGGAAAAGAACAGUUGGUCGGAGCAGUUUGCGCGCGCUCUCACCACAGCGUACGCAGCACAGCAGAGCGCCGCUGCCGCCAAGUGCGACGUGUCAUCCGGCGAAGUCUGGCGGGUCGCGCUUGAGGCCGCCUCAAAUGUUGGCGCCAAGCAGGUGCACAUGGGCGACUUGCCGUCAAACAUCAUGGCACAGCGAUUGGGUGAUGGUGUCUGGAAGGCAGCUCUGAUCGGCGCUGGCCUCGUUGUGGCUGCGGCAUCCGCUGCUAUCGCCGGAGAGCUCACCCACCGACUGCCAGAGGGAAGUGAAGCGCUGGCAGCUGGGGCCGUAACAGCAACAGCGCUAUUAGCUGCGUUCCCAAUCGUCAGCCCCCUGGUGCAGAUCUGGCUGCUGGCGCAGAAAUCCAAAGAGGAGAUUGAAGACAUUGUGCGCUUGAAGGAGCCGCUUCAGGGGGAAAAUAUGGAUGCGCCGGUGGAGAUAUGGGGCGAGGAUGCGCUGCUGCAGUGGCCGGGCGCUCGGCAGCCCAUAAUCGCAGAGCGCGACGCCUACAUGGCUCGCACCAUCUGGGCUGCUGCCACCGGCGCACCGGCCGCCCCGGCUUACAUCGCCGACAACGACGCCGGCAUGCGCGUGUGGCGCUACGUCAUCCCAGAGGGGGGACCCGCGGCGGCGGCGGCACCCGGUUAUGGUGAUGGAGAAUACAAGCCGGCGGGGCCCGUAACUGCGGUGGUGGCUGUAGUGGGGUCUGCGCAUGUGAGGGGGAUUGCACGUGAGUGGGAGCGGAUAGGGGGCAAGGCUAAAUGCCUGCAGUCAUUGAAUGACCUUCUUGGCGACAAUUGA